GCUCUAGAAAGCAGACGACGGGCGGCCGGCGGCGGUCGUCUGCUCGGCUUUCUCUGAAAAGGCUGCGACAGCGGCUCGGCCACGUCUGCUUUCGCGUUUCGUUCGUACCGCGUUCGUUCUUCUGCAUCGACUGUAGCAGACGACAACCGCUUUUCCGCAGCCAACGAGAGAGACAGUACACAUCUGGUGCACCCCUGUGCGACGAGCUAUUAUGGCCUUUCACUUUCAGAAACUGUUACUUAGGUUGAUCUUUCACCGCAUCUCUUGACCGUUCGGUCCGCCGCGCUCAGUUCCCGGUGCUUCUCUCGCGUUUCGCUUCGUCCCAUCUGCUCCCGCAUUACCGCACGCUCCGGCGUUGUCUGCCUGCGUUGACCGACGACUCGCCAGCCUCUCGCUGCAGACGACAGCUGUGUGCAACAGGUUGAGCGGUAGCCUUGCCGACGAUUCGACGACCGCCUGUGCGAGUGGGUGUUGUCGUUGCUUCGCUAUCGAAGACGGAGACACCGUCUAUGAUGGACCGUAACCUCGAGAUCGGAGGCGGCGAGAUGAUGAUGGUCACGGACACGCAGAAGCUCGUCCUUCCCCAGAGCACGGAAAGCCUGGUGAAACCUAUGGGUUACGCCGGCGGCGGCGGCAACGGCAAGUCGGCGCACUACAAGCGCCUGAUGGGGAUGCGGCGGAGCAACUUCCUUCUCGUGCUGCUCGUGCUGAUGCAAAUGAGCUACUUGUGCUUCGGCGCGUUCAUGUUCUGCAGCUUUGAAGGACCGGGAGAGCAGGAACUGAGGCGGCACCUCAAGAUGUUCCGCGCGGCCUUUCUGAGAAACUUCUCCUGCCUCAACGACGAGGCCCUGGAGAGCUUCAUUGUGGAGAUCGUACGCGCCCACGAGAACCGAGUCUCGCCGGUCAAGAACGUCACCUCAGACCCGAACUGGAGCUUUGGACACUCGUUCUUCUUCUCCAGCACGAUCAUCACCACGAUCGGCUACGGCAACAUCACCCCACUGUCCACGGGUGGCAAGAUCUUCUGCAUCGUGUACGGGCUGAUUGGCAUUCCACUGACCUUGAUCCUGCUGUCGGCUUUCGUCGAGCGACUCCUAAUCCCUGUCACCUACAUACUGCAGUUUCUCAACUCGCGCCUCGGGCACCUGUACCAGGCAUUCAACAUCCGUGUCCUCCACCUCUUCAUUGUCGGUCUGUUGGUGGUGAUCUUCUUCUUCCUGGUGCCUGCGGCUAUCUUCUCAUCCCUGGAGCCAGAGUGGGACUAUGUGGACUCGCUCUACUACUGCUUCAUAUCCCUCACAACCAUUGGUCUUGGCGAUUUCACACCCGGAGACAGCUAUGAGCAACCCUACAGGCCUCUCUACAAAGUGGCUGUUGUGGGGUACCUGCUGGUGGGGCUGACAUCUAUGAUGCUGCUGCUCAACGUGCUCUACGACAUUCCGCAGCUCAACGUGGGCGUCUUCUUUCUGCUCAAGAGCGAUGAGAUGACCAAUGACCCCGAGAAAGUGCGGCUGCACCAUGGCCUCGGACCCAAGUACACGCAACAGAUCGAUGAGCCUCCACCACCACAGUUUUACACGGAGGGAAGAAUAAAGAGGACAGGCCUCUGAGCCGCACGGUGUCUGGAGAUGGCUCACUGCAUGAAAGGACUUGUCAAGUUGAGGGCAGAUUUUGUGAGGGUAAUCUUACCAGGUCGUCUAUAGCAAUGAAGUUGAAAUGCAUGAAAUAAAUGCUGCAAAUGGAAUGCUUAGGGUGUAUUUUGGCAACAAUGGCCUUAUGGGGACAGUAAAGGAAGUCAUUACAUAAGUCAUUACACCUUUGAAGUGGCAGACAUGGACUCCCAUUUAAGAGCAGCAAGUCGGCCUGCCAGAAAAUGAGGCAAAACAACGUGUUUGGCAGUGCCAAGCACAAGUACUGGAAGAAAAUUCCCUGCAAUGUAGCAUGUAGUUGUAAUAACUGGCCAAGGCUAAGUGUUGGUUAGAGAAACAAUAUCAUUAUGGUGCAAUUUAAAGUAAAAGUAAAUUUAACCUUGCGUGUUUAGUGGGCACUUCUAGAAGAAGCUCGCAGAUCCAUGUAGACUGCGAAAUCUGCGAUGUCGUGCAUGACGUCGCAGGUGCUGUGGUUUUGGCGAGAGGAAAGGUGGAAAUGGCCAAGUCAGUCUUCAUUUGAACUUGUCUUCACCAAGAAGUCAUUAUUAUCCCACUUAAUAAACCUGAAAUAAUUUUGAGAGCGACCAUGGUGAUAGACCAGUUAUGUCGGAUGUACUUUUUGCCACUUAAUGUUCCUUUAAAGGACUCUGUAGGAGCUCGCGAAGCAGCCAAGUUGGGCCUGGGAGCUUUCACAGUUACUUGAGACCUUUUUCUAUGUUAUCAAUGCCUUAAAACAUGCACGUGAUUUAAGAGAUGACAAAGGCAGGAUACCUGCCUUGGUCUGUUGUCAGAGCUUGCAUUCUGAGAAAUGCUGCGUGCUUGGCCUUCGAUUUCAAGCCAAAAAAUGGUUUCUUUUCCUUGUGCUUCCACUGCACAUUAUGUAGCAGCCUUCCUGUUGGCUCACGUCAGUGCUUGCUCGAAAACACCAGCGGGGUGGAAGGACGUGAAACUAGCUCUUAGCAGCAAGGCCUAACUACAGCAAACAAGAAUAGCUACAGAACUUGCAGCUAUGUGUAUCAUCUGCUUUCUUUAAUGCCUCUGUUAGGCAGCAGUAGUUAAAUGUGAUUCUCUGUCAGGUCGACCUGUCUUGAGUGCUGCUUACUUGGGUUGGCUAGGGCAGGCCACCGAUGUAACAUGCCUAAUACAGCUUGUAAGCUUUUAGUCAGAUAGACCACAGCACUGCACGUGUUCAUGUCCAAGCACAAGGACAUAUUGAUUUUCUUCUGAAUUCACUUUUGCUAUAUGACCAGGAUAUUGCUUGUGCCCAUGUACGUCAAAUUUGUUUGUAAGCGUGGUAUGUAGCCUGCGACUGUCAUGCAGACAGUGAGAGUUGUGGCAAUCCUCUCUUCCUCUCACCUUGUGCAUGGUGUGUGUGCCACAGCAAAAAGAAAAACAGAUCUCCCAUCACCUUGUGUUUGAAUGGUUGUGUGUUGUGUGUUCUGUGUAAUUGUUUUACUGGAUGUCGGUGCACUAAUUUCGUCAGGAGGCUGCCUAUCCUCCAAACCAUUAGCUGCGUUGUACAAUUGCAUUAACAUGUGGUAAAACAGACAAGACCACUGGGUAGCUCUGCAUUGUGUUACACGUUACAGCUAACAUGAAGAGUGAAGCAACAUGAACAACUGUAACUUAGACCAGAUUGCUAAGCAAAAAAAAAAUGACCUGUUUUUCAGUGAAUGAAUUCUGUGAACUAGAGAGGAAUCGGAAAGGGAACUUCAAAUGAUAAUUCGUUUAAUUUGGUCUAACACACACUGUCACCAAAGUUUAAUUAAACCUGGUACACUCAAUAUUGCCACGUACUGUAUGUUAGCCUGGUUGUUGAUCCUGUAGAUUAGAAAUUGCAGUGUAAUAAUGCCACAGUUCCAAUGAAAUGGAUUAAAUUGAAAUGAUCCCAGUGGUUUAUUUUCGGCCUGGACAACCUCAUUACCAAUCAUUUUCAAACCUGCAUUCACACACUUUAUUGUUAGAAAUGAGAAAUAUUGGCACAUCUAUUAUCUAAAGUGAACACUUGUGCUAAUCUCCCAAAUGUACAUAGAUUGUCAGCCCUGGCAUGAAUAUGUUAGUGAUAUCAGUGUAAAUUGUUUCUAUGCCUCCCCUGAUCUCGAAAUAGAUGUGGCUGUUCUGAGAUGUUCAACAGAAACAUUCAGGUUGUUCAAGAAAUGUCAGUCUGCAGGUCUUCACGCCUAAUUUGAACUUAAUGCUGAUGAACUAUAAAAACAUAUUCGAGAAGCUAGACUUAAGAAAAGAUGCGGCACCCAAAUUUUGGAUGUCACAUCAGGCAAGCUUAAAUGACAAACUUUAUUGUCACGCCUGUAGUGAGGUGUAUGACACAACAGCAUGUAAUUAAGUGGGCUGUUAUGCUGGCUCAUGAAGGAACCCACAGAAUAAGCUCAUUUAGGCUGUGGCAUCACUUGCAGCAAUUCUUUAUUGAAGAGUGCAAAUUGCUGGUGAAAACUUGCAUCCCAAGGCCCUUCAAAGAUGACUUGCCUUUACCUUAAAAAUGUUUGCACUGACAUGACUCAACUAUGUAAACCACAGCAACAGGUCUUGCCUCUCCAGGCAUUAAACUCGGAGGAACAUUUGUGGAACUGCUCUCUCUUGCCACACGUUUUCACUCACCACUGCAGUGUGGCCAUCACAUUGUGCAACUCUUCAGUGUCAGUCACAAUUUUUCAAGUGUAGUAGUACCGUCUAAUGUAGGUUUGAUGCCACUAUGCCAAAGAACCUUGAGGUACUGUAUGACUGUUUUAAUUUUUAUGCAAGAAUUCGACAAAAUGAGCCUUUUUUUUUUUCUUUUGUUCAGUCACAGACUGCAUUGUUUAAACUGCACCCCACAAUGCUCGAGGUUCACUUGAAAAAAUAAAUUGCCGCGCUAAUAGUCCUACACAAAAUGGCUGUGGCUUCAGUGGUGUAGCUGCAACUUUCCUGUUUGAGAACUGUUUCGGAGCUCUUUCAUUAGACACACACUUGAUUCACCUGCACUUGCCGUCAUAGCUUACUCGAGAGCUCUGCUGGACAAUGCCAUGGUUCUCCCACUUCUCAACCCAACCUUCCUUACGAAAAUCACCUUUGAGCUUCUUCAAGUGUUAGCCGUAGCAUGCCUUGUUAUAUUUGUCUCCCGUGCAGUUCGUUGUGAAACCAGCAUAUCAUUCUGUAACCAUGUGAUAGUGACGUCCAUGACGCUUUCCUGCAGUAGCUGGGACAAAUGUAUUUAAUUUCUCAAGAACCUUCUAGCUCUGAACACACCAUAUCUAUGUUACAAUUUAAUGCUUUCUUCAUUGUGUGGACAAAGACUAUUAAAAAAAAAAAAAGAAGAGUGUGGGCUCGUGUUGAUAGAAGGUGCAUUUUUAUUUGAAGUGAUAACGUGUCUUGUGUAAAGCUUAAUGCACUUUGCUCCUGUCAUGCACAUCUUUUAAGAAUUGUAAAACACUGAGAGCUCUGUUGCAUAAUUAACUGUUGAACACGGUUCCUGAUAAAAAAAAAGGUCAAUAUAGAUAUACAUUGUUUGCUCAAGAAGAGUAUAGUUUUAGUGGCCAGGCACACAAAGACAUAUUACUUAUGUCUACCUACAUUAAGAUGGACAGCAUUAGAACAGCAAGGAAAUGAGUGUAAUGCUUGCUACUGUCUCUCCCAGUUUUUAUUCGCAGCUUUUUUUUUUUCUUUCAAGUGACAUGGGAGGUGUGUGCUGCUUGCUCCCAUCACCCUUUUAAAAUGUACUCAACUUCACCCAAAUCGGCAUUUGCCUGCACUAUAUGUCCGAAUACCGCAGUGUGCCAAACACGCAUUUCAGAUUUGUGAUUACUUAUUUUUUAUUUUUUGCUUGAAAAAUAGCACUGCUAAGCUGCGCUUUUUAGCACCUGACCAUAAAAGUCCCACGUCCAAGGUUCAACGACACUUCACAUGUGAUACUUCAUAUUGAAAUAUACAUAUAAAUAUAUAUAAAGAUAUUAUAUAUAUAUUAUACAUAACUAUAAAUGUGUCUAUAUGUACAUAUAAACAUUCAUUGUGGUUGUUUGUUGUGUGCGAUGGUGGCUUACAAGCCAUGCCUGUUUGCUUCUAUAGAACUUUGUAACUGUUAUGGAACAGAGUGAAAGAAAAGGAGCUGAAUAAAGAUGGAAAUGUUUGUGGGUCUUUGUUCAUGAA